GACAUGUUUAAUAUUGGAUUUAAACACAAGCACGCACUUGUACUCAUUGUAGUACUUGCUGCAUUACUUAUUACCGUUAAUUUCGCAUCACCACUAACGAGACGAAUCGAUACUGGUCUCCAAAAAAGACAAACUGACAAUUCUACCAUCACGCCCAGUCCCACGCCCACGGAUUCUACUACGCCUACAACACCCCCAGACGACGGUACAAGCGGUGGACCAGGACCAGGAGGUCCCGGGACAGACGGAACAGACGGAACAGACGGGACGGACGGGACAGAUGGAUCAGAUGGUGGUCCAGGAGGUGACGGAGGUCCAGGUCCAGGAGGUGACGGAGGUCCCGGUCCAGGAGGUGACGGAGGUCCAGGAGGAGGUGACGGAGGUCCAGGCGGUCCAGGCGGUCCAUAAGACGGAGGAAAUGGAUAAAACUUGUUAGAUAUAUGUUUAUCUAUUGAACGUAUAUUAUUUGGUAAAAUGGCAUUUUAAUUUGACGAAAUGUACAGACAUUAUUCAAUUUUAUUUGCACUAUUCAGAAUAAGUUUGAUAUUUUACGUUAUUUUAUAAUAUACGAAUAUACAAAUCAAUCCUAAUAAAAUUUCAAUUAUUAUUAUUCACAUAU